AUGGUAGUGGUGGUAGUGGUGGUGGUGGUAGUGGUAAUGAUAGUGGUGGUGGUGGUGGUAGUAGUAGUAGUGGUCGUGGUGGUGGACUUUAGCAGUCUAUUAACGUGUCAAGAAUCUCUAUCGCAACAAGGAGCAGUAAUUGGUGAAUAACUGAGAGAAAAUACUAAAUAUCAAUGGAAAAAGUCACUGGACCACACGGCUUAUGAUUUAGCCAUAAUAUUCAAUUAUGGCCUUACAAUUCUCUUUUGCAGUUAUUCCAAUACCCAUAAAAUCUUUGUCUUCUGAUUCAAUUAUGUACCUCAAAAUUGGCUUUUUAGCUAAUUUUGCUCAUGCCUUUUCUAUCUCUGGUACUGUUAAGUGGCAUCCCGAUAUUUCUCAUUCUAUAGGUCACGUGACUAAUAGCUUCAAAGAACCUAUUGUGAGAAUGUUUGUAAACAGAACAAAUUUCGCGGGACAAGACGUCUUGUCGAAUACGCUAUGAAUCCGAGCAGCCGAUGCACUCAUCGAGGUUUUGAGGGUCUACUAGGACCAUUACUGUGCAAAUACGUACACUCUCGGCCGCUAAGAAGUCCUCAGCCUGAAUUUUACUUGUAAAUGAAUUUAAACUUUUUUCCUUGUAAGGUAUAAUUGACCGAGGCCUAUUGCAAACAGCUUGGAAGGUUUCGGUUAAAAAAGUUGCGGAUCAGGGAGAUCAGGUAUUUAUUAUCAAUACCGCAUUUAAAUCUUUGGAGAUCAGACGCUUUUCAUUCCAAAUGUUACGAUGCAGAUUUCGCAUUUAUGGCCCACAUUUAGCUUUCAUAAGCAAUUAAGUUAGUAGCCAGCAAAUUAAAGAAAGAUAGAUCUUUUUUCAGGUACCUUUUUUGGAAAUUCUGACAAAUUUUGCCAGAGUUACACUCAAAAUACUCUAUUCUACAGGGGAACCUCAAUCUGCCGAAAGGCUUAAGACACUGGCAAUGUGCGUUCGCUAUAACGAUGUUUGGUUAUAUAUAUCAUGGUUCUUUUCCAUAUAUUUCAGUUUUCAAUGGGGCGAACACUAUCGUUCGUUCUACUGAGGACUGCCAACAUUUGAGGUUUGUUAUAUCAAGAUUCCAUUAUUAACGUUUUAGGGAAACAUUCUCUGCCAAUUUUCCAAAUUUAGAAGUUAGACAACCACAAUUCCAUAGGAAAUAAAUACGAUAAAAGGGGGAAAGCGCUGGUUAUAAAAAAGAAAGGCAAGGAAAACAAAGUGGGCAAAAAGAGAGAUUGAAAACGAUUUGCAAAAGAAAAAUGGCUUGCGCGCAUGCACGAAAGUUUGAAUACAUCCGAUUAGCAGGAAAAUACGCCUUUAGUGUUUCAAAUCUCAUUUAUAGACAUUUUCAUGUCAGUUGAUGGGAAACUGGACCAUAACGGAGGAUUUGUUUAAAAAUGAUCCUUUUUUUCGCUACAAGCCGUCGAGGAGGGUUUAAUUAUAACACGAUUUUCCUAUUCCUUUGGUUAUCAUUUUUAAACGCAAAGUCUGAAGUUCAAGGACCGACAAAAUUAGGCCAUGAAAUGUCAAUGUGAUCUCGGAGACUACUCAUUAGUAACUAGCCCUCAAAAAGGCAGGCGUCUGCUGAAACAUGUAUGUGAAAUUCAAAAGCGCCUUGAUAGUUUUGAUAUUAACUACCAGCCUAUUGCUCUCUUGACCUUUCUUACUGUUCAAUUGAUAAUACGAAUUUAAUCACCCUGAAUCGUUUUUUGAUCACUGGUCAGUUGUUAAAUGUGUGAAACAUUUUACACGGCUUAGUUUUGUGCUUGUUUUAUUGGAUAAAUGGAAAUAAAUUCCUUAACAUAAUGAAAUUAAUUUCUCUCACGACAAGUACCAACUGUCGCGAUUCACUAAUAAAAACAAAUUGCUCAAACAUAAAACAGAGGCAGUAAGCAAUUGGAAACUGACUGUCAAGAGUCAAACGAAUUCUCAGUAUGGCUCUUAACUCCCGCCUUUUUAUGCGCGCUUCGGUGAACUAGAAAGGCUACCUGUAAUUCACGCGGGCUAAAUAAUAUUGUCACCAGUAGGCGGAUAAAAUAUUUAGUCAGAACGAAGAAAAUCUAAACAUUUUUGUAUCUCCAUGAAGAAAUGGGAAUUUCUCAAUUCUAUUACAAAGUUGAGCUUUGCACGGAUGCCUUAAAGGCAAAAGCAGUUUGUUCGAAGCGCUGUUACAUAUAACUGGUUUGUACAAGUGUUGUCAUGAGUCACAUUAGGUAAUUGUUGUUCCUGUCACAUUGUUCAGUGAUCUAUUCUAUAAUAUAUGAACACACGUGUUACUUACGAAAUGAUAUUUCUCCAGUGCAGGCCCUCUGCCACACGAUAGGAGAUUUUUAAGGCUUGAGUGAAAUCGUCCAAACCACAGAGUAGAAAGGUAAGUCCACGGUGAAUGUGUAUGGGAACUUUUGUUUCUAAAGAGGAGCCUGCGGUAAAAAUCUGUCCAAAUAGCCAUUUACAUAAUAGUUUUGUCUACAUGGUGUAGUAGGUAAAUUAUUUUCAAAACAUUCCAAAGUUUACUGUUCCUCGUAUGUUCGCCAGGAAAGGUAAAAAAAUUGUUAUUAUUAGUAAAAAUGUUGUUUUUAUUAGUUGUUCAAGUUCAGCUUUGGACAUAAAGAAAUUCAUCAAAUGUUGGUCAAGAAUUUGGUCAUUAAAAGUGUCCUUGAUUUUAACUGCCGUGACAUUCUUGCGGGUAAAACCGCUUUUGACGCCUUAGGCAAGGUCUAGUCCCCAUUUCUUUAACAACUCUCACAAUUAUACCCAGAUAUUCUAAAUUUCAAGUUAAGCAUGGAGAUCGAGGCUAACACAAAAUCCUCCCGGUUAGCGUAUGAAGCCCAAAGGCCUUGGAAUUACACAGUUUCUCUAACACUUAAGUUUCAUCUGUGUAAUUUAUUAUUUGUCAUUUCUACAGACAUCAUGAAGUAUUGGAGUUAUAUUUUUCUAACGCUUCUCAUCACCCUUGCAUCUCGAGGUGAGUUCUUUUCGAUUGUAUAAUUACGUCGUGUUAUGGCCCAAUCUGAUAAUCGAAAAGCGUUCUGAUAUUAAGUGGCUCAGAUCCUGAUGAAUCCGUUUAACCCGAUAGAGAUAAAGCCUAAAACGUUAAAUCAAAGUUAGCUGUUGAACCCUGGAUUUCACAAUAACAUGGGACAAUCGUAGACAAAACCACAAGGUAUAAUAACGUGCUUUUAGACCUUUCUGGACAGGCGUCCUUGUAGCUGGUGGUAAAUUCAUGGUAAACAAAACAAAACCAAGCUGUCAUGAUUCAGGUAGAAAGUUCGCAUCAACCAGCUGUGAGUGUGCUUAGAUUUAACCCAUAUAUACAGAGACUUUGAAACUGGCGAUAAUAUUGUGUAGAAUGGAAUAUUCGCCUUUCCAAAAAUCUCAGUUAUUACGCACGAAUUUCAGCGACACUAAGGUGAACAACUGUUUGAGUAUAAAGAAGCCCCCCUGUCAAAAUAUUUUCUUCAUCUUCUUUCAAAUCGUAAAUACAAAAGGGGAGGAUCUUGGGUGAUAGCCCCUUGGGAUUGAUUACAGACACCAUUUAAGACCUCCUUUUUACUAAAGUGCUAUACAUUACUUUUAUCGGUGGCUUCGACACUCUAUCGACCUAGAUUUUGACCUUCUCGAAACCGUUCUAUCCAAGCUAAUACCUGUACUUAAUACGAUUCCGUCACGGCUGUGUUCACAUGUUUAUUACGAGCAAAUUAAAGGCCAUAGCGGGGAGUUUUAUUCAAACUGCGUCCUUCUUAAGUCCCAAGAAAGUUAUCCUCAUAGUCUUUGCCUGCCGUACAACUACAUUUACUCGGACAAAAGGUAAAAAUCUGAGUCUUUAUUCCAUUUUUGAAAACACCACGUCUACCAAAUUUUCAUGGGCCUCCAGGUGGUCGCAAUAACGGGUUUCCUCAUUAAAAAGAAUUAAAGGAAGUCAUUCCUUAAAUUCGAAGUCAUUCCUUAAAUUUCUUUGGAGGAGCCAAGGUGACUUUUUCCUGCCUUUGUAAAUACCUUUGAAAUGACUUUUCAACAUAGCAAUCCUAUUAAUCGGGAGAAUGAUUUCUUAAAGUUAUCUUAAAAAAACACACACACAAUGAAGCAGGUUUCCCAGUUGCGCCUGAAGUUCUUGUUCAUAGUCUUAAGAGACAUACGCGUAGAAAGACAAAUUGCUAGCAGUAAAAGGCAUUGCUACACAGUUAUAAGUAAGUUGAAUUUGACCGCCAGGGGAAAUGUAGCCCUGAAUAGCCCUGAGGUUGAUAUUGACUGACGUUACGACAACAAGUGCGGUAGUCAUCUUCAGAGUCAAAGUAGGUUGUAUCUAUGUCGCUAUUGUUGCACAGUAGGCAACAUGCGUAAGAUGGACAAAAACCAUAUCAUAUAUACAACAUAUAAAAUGUUGUUUCAACAUCAAUUGAAAAGCUCAAGAAUGUCACGCAAACAAUGCUACAACCAGUUGCAAAAGUACUUGAGACACAGUACCGUAUUUUGGCUUAAAUGGCUUGUCCAUGAUCUUGUGCUUGUGACGCCCCCUCCACCCCUUUUCAAAGUUGCUAGCAAUACAAGACCAUGCUCAAAACUUGGAGGAACAACUUUGAGUGGGGGUAGGGGGGAGGUCAGUAUUUUGUCUCACAGACCUGUGACUAGCAGCGAUUUGAAGCAAGACAGGUUGUUUUUUCAUGAGAGUGUCUCAACAUUUUUGCAACUGGUUGUAACGUAUUUUAUUCCUUGGAACUCAUUCAGUGCCCCAUUAUCAUAGAAAGGAAAAUCGUAUCGAGACUAAUACAAUGCCAGCUGCUGAGUCAGUGUGUGUGAGAAAAAGUUACAUAAAGAUGAACAUCCCCCCAAAUUACCUAAAUCCAGACACAUACUUGUAUGGCGAAUUAAAUGUGAUAACAGCGAAGACAUAUAUGUAUAUGAGCAACUCAAGAGAGUAGUUGCAGUAGAAAUUGAAGGUUUUUCAUACGAAUUACACUAGAAUUUUUCAGUUUCAAAAAUAUUCGUUAUCGGUAACGUUUUAACGGUUGUAUCAACAGAAAAGUAGCUAUAUGUAACCGAAGAAGAUGAUUUGGGGCUAGUAGGGUUAUUGGGCAUUCAUUAGCGUGUUUGAAUGUAGUUUGCACUUUUGCGAAGAGGUAAAUAAUGUAUUAAUAAUGUAAAACUAUAAGACAGGUUAAUGAAUGAGCUCGCUUAAUUAGUAAGUUUGGUCCUUUUUAUAAAAUCCAACGUCAAGGUUGACUACUUGUACUCCUUUUAAGCUGAUAGUAACAUUAGACAAAUGCUGAAAUUUCACACAUACAGGCUGCACACCUGUUAAAACACGGAGUAAACGCUUAAAACUAGUUUAAAGUACUGUGCAACGUAAAAAGAGCACUAUCAGCUACAUCACCAUUCCAGAUGUGAUCCAUGCUCGGCCAAGAGACGUCCAUUCCCCAGUACCAGACACCCCUCUAUCACCAGAGACACCAGGGACACCGGAAACACCGGUCACUAAAGAAACACCUGAGACGCCCCGGACACCGGAGACCCCUGUCACCCCACUUACACCAGAGACGCCAAGUACCCCGGUAUCUCCACGGACACCCGAGACUCCAAGAACACCCGAAACACCCAAAACACCUGACACUCCUCAAACACCGGAGUUUCCAUUUGUUUUAGGCUCAGACGGCUUUAUUUAUCAUACUGUCCCAUAUAUGCAUAUCUUUCCGCAAGAGAUACCACGUAUGCCCAGUCCUGGCGAUAUACCGGAAGUUUCCAUGGUUCAAGAUCAGUACGAUGUGCCCAAGGCUCCCAAACCACCUAAACCCCCGGAACCUCCCAAAGCCCCCGUCAGAAAGAGAGAGUAUUUGGCGAGAGGUAACUACAUGAUGUUAAUGAUGGAAGUGUCAUAAGGUGCGCAUGCGUGAUAAAAAAGACGAACUUGAAAAAAUAAAAGAUUAUUCUUUCCAGCGCCCAUAUUAUCCAAAGUAGUCCUCUGUUAUCACCAACGUUUCUGGCAUGUUAGAAUUUGAGAAACGAAACUUUAUUCAUUCUGUUUUGUUUCUCAUUAUUUGGUCUUCAUGAAUAAAAAGGACAUGUAUCACACAAAGCAAGAGAUCAAAUCAACCAAAUAAAAAUGCAUAGAGAUAGGAUUGAUUGAUUCAGAGGGAGCCAAUCAGUUCUGCCUUGAUCCAAUGAAUGCAUAGAAAGGAAGGAUCUAAUUAGUUCACAAAGUUGUGCAAUUUUUUUUUAGCCAAUCAGAAAGUUUACCUUAUUUUUACUUUUGUUGAAACCUCAGCCGCAGUCAAACGGCUAAGGCAUCUUCUGCUUUAUUCAUUUAUUUGCUCGUUUAUACUAACAUUUGUACAGGAGUACCCAGUUUUUCAUUUUUUUUUCAAUAAUACAAGAAACAUCCUUUAAACAUAGUGAGCUUUUUUCACGGAAAAGGCUAUGCGUCCCAGCAAAUUUGGCAUGGAAAAUGUAGUUUAUAGUUUCAGCUUUCAAAGUCCUGAGAUCUAUUUUAGUAAACUUUCCAAGAGUUAAGCGAGUUUACCACACUUUGACAACGUGUGUUUUGAAGAACUUUUCUUGUGUUUCUGCAGCGUUCAGUCACUUUUUGACGAUAGGAAGAUUUGUAUAUAUGCUUCAUACCCGGGUAUGAGUAAAUAAGAAGCAGGAUCAUUUCUUUCGAUAACAGUACAUAAUAUGCAUGCUUAGUUUAUGAUCACAAGUUUUGAAAGAGUAUUGUAACAUUUGUGCCUAGCAAUAGUAAAGCAGAGUGUACUAUUCAAAGUAUAUAAUAAGUGUUGACUACAGUCAAAUCGGUAAGCUGGGUUAUUGUAAAUUUUCACCCAUUCGCCCCAGGAAAUUUUGCCGAAAAACGCGUUUUGAAGCUGGCCGAGCUGUUUUCUGGUCAGUGUGGUAUAAAGAGCUAAAACUUACCAUAAGACCAUUUAUAGAUUUAUAGGUCGAACACUUCACCGCUUUCUGAUCCAGACGCACAAUAUUAGCUUGCGAAGUUCGAGAAUGCGCGGAAAGCAAAACUUCGAUAGAGUUUUUGGGUUAAAAGUGACACAGCAGUAUUGACGUUUAUUUUCGCUUUCUCUCCCCCUCUUUCUUUAGCUUUUCUUGCCUCAUUUUUGUUUCUUUUGCUGGGCAUUUAGUAGCCUUCCUUUCGGUGUGAAAAGUUUUUAAGAGGGCUUUUAGGAUCUUAGGAUUAGAUGAAAGGAAAGGCAGGUGGGUAGUUGAACAAGACUUUCAUCGAAAAUCAAUGUUACAUGUUAGGCUGCGUGCAAACGGACGCAACAACUCUCAACAUUGUUGCGCCAACAAUGUUGGGAGUUGUUGCGUGCAUGUUGGCAGUGGUGUGCAAAAGGAUGCAACAACUCCCAACAAUGUUGGGACCUGCAGUGCAUCGUGGUAAGGAGACAACCCAUAAGUCUUUGUAAACCAUGCGUAAUGAGCGUGCGUGGCCCCAACAAAGCUGUGCAAACGGAUCCAACAUUGUUGCGUUACGCUUCGGCGAUCACGGGACAAAACAAAUGUUGGGAGUUGUUGGCUGAAAGGUUUGACCGGUUUCAACUUUGCGCAACAACUUCCAACAACAUGCAACAGGGUGUGCAAACGGACGCAACAUGUACCAUCCAACAAAGUUGAGAGUUGUUGGCCAACGAUGUUGUGUCCGUUUGCACGGGGCCUUACAAAUCAAUGUUACAUGGUCUUCGGUGUCCUUGACUAAAUUGUGCUCAUUCUGGUAUGGUUUGCAAGAUCUCUUGACUCUGCACAAGUAAACGGACAAAGUUUACCAUGACUAUUAAAACUGAUAACGUCACAAGUAGUAGAAGGGACCUGGAUCCGCACGGGCGGUUACGGGCGGAUCGGGGGCGAGUGGGUUAAGAAAGACUCAAGUUGGGUGGUAGCUUUUAGUACUGACACAUUUGGGUUCAUCGACAAGUGUGCGAUAAAAAUGCCUGUACUCAAUCAAACAAAAGGAGUGGCUCAUUCAAUAUUCAGGGAAAGAACGAUUUCUCACUUCUAAAAAAGGCUGGAGUUCAAGAAAUCGUAUUAAAUUUCAAGACCUCCUUCUUCCCUAUACUUUAUGAAGUAUUAGCCGCUUUGAUUAGUCCUACACACUAGCACUGCAAUUAAGCUUACACCAGUGGUCAACAUAAUGAAACUAUGACAACUUUAAUUUAUAAGCAUAGCUGCUAUUUUACAGUCUGACAAAAACAAUUACUCUUAAGUCAUCUCCAAACUGAAAUAAAGUGGUCAUCAUUACGAGAAACCUUGUCUCAUAUUGUUUGUCUCUUUUACAGGUUUUUCCCGGAAACACUCAAGUGAGUACUACUGAAAGAAUUGUUAAACUUAACAACUUCAUAAAAAAACCGAAUAAAAGCGUUUAUUAGGAAAAAUCGUACAGCUAGACAUAUGGGCUAUUUUUAUUCAUUGUAAAUAGUAGUUUUCUAAAUUGCCAUCUCCUGAAAGUGAUUUACUGCCGUCGUAAGACUUAAAUAUUGCACAUAAACUGCAAAGUGGAACAGGGCAAAUUGACUAGUAAGCUCAUGUUCAAAGGUUUAAUUCCUCUUCCUCCAAAGACUCAUCAACUGCAGCCUAUCCAGUUUAGCAUACUAUAUUAGGUUGUUUUCACUCACGUGGUCAGCAACUAUGCAAGUUUCUUGGAACUAGAGAACGGUUUUAACACGAGAUAGAGUUCAAUCCCUACUGGACUAUGGCCAAACACCACAUCAACAUAGCCACCGUUUCAUUGUUUUGUACUCCAACAUGGCCGCUGUGAUUUCAUGUUAAAAUGAUCUAUAGCUUUUACCUCGGCUGUGAAAAUCUUUUUCUGUAUUCCUAUUGAAAUUAAUCGUGCAGCCGCCACGGCAAAAUAGUCCUCUCACUGUUGUCACGAACGUUUCUGGCACGUUAGACUUUGAGAAAGGAAACUUUAUUCAUUCUGUUUUGUUUCUCAUUAUUUGGUCUUCAUGAAGAAAAAGGACAUGUAUCACACAAAGCAACCAAAAAACAGGGAGGUAGGUACUGAGUUAAACUAGCGACAGCGUACGAUGGAGGAAAGCGUCUUCUUAUUUUCAUUAAUCCCAAGGAAACUUGACAAAAAUUACUUUGUUAAGUCUCGAAUUCUAUGAAAUUGCAUUUCCAUAUUGUGUAAUUACAAUCGAGGGUUUAAUAAUUUGACAUAGACUCAUUUGCAUUGUGGAGGUGUUAGUUUUAGAAUAUCCGCACUUUAAGUUCCUUGGGAUUAACCGUGUCCACAAAAUACAUGAAUUAGACAUUCGUGCUGGAAGAGUACGCACCAAGGGAUCAUGUUACAGCAUUCACAGUACAAACACGGCAUAAAAUGACAUUUUUGAUGAGGACAACUUUUUCUGAACAAAAAUACAAUACGUGCAUACGAUGAAUAAUGCUGGCUUCUCGAAAGGCGAGCCAACUCGCAUAAAUCACAAAAACACAUAGCGUGCUUCGCCUACCUUGAAGUUGGACCAUCUGUAGAAUACGCAGUUUGAAAUCAAUAACAACACUUUUGCAAUACAAUUUCCUUUGAAGGAAGAAAACAAAAAAAAAACACUUCUAACCAUGUUGUAUCACAUAAAAAAGCAUUGUAAUCGGUUUUGGAAAUAAAAAAAAAUGUAUUUGACAGUUGCUCGUGUUUGCCAGGAGUGUUUGGUGUUCAUAAUUCCCUGGUACAGUAGCUUUCUCUUUUAAAUUAGUAAUAGCUCCUUCUUUUCUUGUGGUUGGCACAUAUGAACAGGGCAUCAUCGCCAUGGGAAUAUCAUACAAGGUAUGUCAAGGACAGAGAACUCAAGCAAAAAAUCUGGCGAUUUCCAACAAGGUUAAAACAUAAUUUUACUUAUUGCAUGCCAAAGCCUGACACUUGUUGAGUACUCCAACAAUGAGAGGUCAGCUUAAUUUAAGGUAAUCAUUUUUCACCACCGAUUGGUUUUAUCGCCAUUUCAGUAACACGCGAUAAUUCACAGGAAAAAAGGACUGAAAUGUUUACACUUAAACAGAUGGCAUGAAAGGAUCUUGAAUCUUUUACGGGGCCUCAAAGUCAGUACCAAUUUAGCACGAGUGGCCUUUCGGGCAUUGACAAGGACAAUCCACCACCGUUUUAGGUGUUCUAAACGUUACACCGGCUGUGCUUAUGAGGAAUAUGUUACUACGAGAAAAAUAUUAACAAAUGGUCGGAUUGAGGAUUUGUCGCAUUCCUCUCGGUGUGAUGAAAACAUUGACAGCAAAAAGUCGAAGUCACAAAAGCAAGCCGAGAUUAGCAGAAAUUACCAUUAAUUUAUUCAUAUCAAAAUUAGGUGGCACAUAAUACAAUGAAUGCCGUUUAAAUUGGAAUCUCACUGAUACUAUAACUCUUUCAAGAGGAUAAAAAUUAUGUUUAUCACUGAACAGUCCACUCAAAAUCGUGUGAUUUCAUUUGCCAAUUAACUAUGGAAAUCCCUAUGCUAAAUUAAAUGUUGCCUUCCCUCAGCCACGCUAAUAACUAAUAGUAAAUCAGUAAACUCUUUAACUAACAUUAGAAGAAGACGUUUUCUUCUCAUCAGUUUCUUGUAGCGAUCUUUUACACAAUGUCUAAUAUAACGGGAACAUUUUCUGAACAACUUCAGUAGUAGUAGGAAAGCUAGCUGAGAAUUUGGACUGAUUCAAUAAAGGGACGUCAGACUUAUUUUAUCUGUCUUCCUUUUUCUCAUUUCAGUUCCAGGACUUAUGGAUUCUGGGCCAACCUUGGGGGGAGGAGCUGGUGGUAAGAUGGCUUAAAUUAUAUUAAAUCCCCAACGUAGGUUGUCCUUAAAUCUGUGACUUUUAGGAAGUUAAAAGAUAUAGUUGAAUGCCAUGCAACUACGAAGUUACCACCGAACCCGAGAAACCAAAGACCUUUCUUUCCUUGUAAACUAAGGCAAAGUUAGAUAGUAUGGAUUGAAAUCCUGUAACGUCCAAAUACGACGAAACGUCGGUUUUUGGAUGUAACUAAAGGAGUUGGAGCAGCAAUCCAGACGAAUGGAUUCCUUUGCGAAUGUGUUGCAGCAAUUGUCGAUCUCUCCGUUUUUUCUUGGUCUUGUUUUUAUAGGAAUGAAUGGAAUAGGAGGAAUGGGAGGGAUGGGAGACCUAAGCAUGGGCUUUGGUGCUGGAGCUACGUCUAUCGGAGAAGGAGGUGGGGCCACAAUGGAAGGUAUGCCCAUGCAGAUGCCAGGAGCUAUGGCUGCACCUGCUGCAAUGCAGAUGCAACAAGGCAUGGAGGGAGGACCUAUGGGAGUGCCUAUGGGAGCCUCUCAAGAGGGCGCACCCAUCUCAAAGCAGUUUAUUGAAGGCGGUGAAGCAGGUGUGUAUGAUAACUAUUAACGACACAAUGAGAACAAUGAGCAAGAUAAGAACAACUACUUCACUUUGUCCCCUUCUCUGGUAAACCAGUUUUUUCCCCUCUAUAUAAUGCUGUGUAACAGCGAUGGUCUUGCUGCCGUGUAAGACCCAGGAGGCUGAGUAACAUCUGGAGAAUUAUGGAGAUCUCGGAGGGUGUUAUCUGCCGAGGCCGUGAGAUCUCCAUAACUCUUCAGAUAAUACAAAAGCCGAAUUUAAUAAAUUGUUUUAUUGUUCAUUAAAAAUAAGCCCUAGUUUAAAAACAAGCUAAAAAAUGCUUACCUCCAUAGAUUUUAAGUUCAUCUUCGAUAGUGCAUGUUUAUCGGCAAGUUUAGGAGAUGAAGACUUCUUUAAUUUUGCAAAUAUUCCCCAAAUAGCAGAUAUCGUCCGUCAAUAGUUCGCCUAUUUCCUCCUCGUGAAAGGAGUGAAAUUUUCCGCCAUUUUGCACUCACCGUCAAAACGACUCAACUAAAACAUUAAUUGUAUCAAAACUCUUGAGUAAAUGAACAACUUUGAUUUGCACAAUGCCACGCAAUGUAAUGGCAAUGUUUCGCACCGGUAAAGAACCAAGUCCGGGACGGGUCUGCAUGAGCAGCGCGUAAUUUUUCAAAUAAUACCUCUGAUGAUACCGAACUGUAGUAGAUAUCUUUUGGAUGACAUUCAGAACAUUUAGAUGGAUUAUGCACGUGUAUCGUCGUCAAAUUGAUGCAGGUUUGAAAUUCUCUUAUUGUUUCAGGCAUGGCAGGUGGUAUGCAUGGAAUGUCCCAAAUGGCAGGAAUGGCAGGCAUGGGUGGUAUGGGAGGACUACCGCAAAUGGGAGGAAUGGCUGGUAUGGGUGGAAUGGGUGGAAUGGGUGGAAUGGGAGGCCUUGGAGGAAUGGGUGGUGGAAUCGCGGGUAUGAACAUGGAAGGAGGUAAGAUAAAGAUGUCCUGGAUUCAAUUAUUCUAAAUUCUAUUUGGUCAAAUAAAAGGGAUCUUAAAUGGCAACCGGAAAAUGACAUUUCCUCUCGUUCAGUGCUCUGACUCGAAAAUUCGCACAGCGGGGGUUAAAACAAACGCAUCCAGUUUCGUUGGGUGAGACAGAAGGGUUCCAUCAAGCGAGAUAUCGAACUUCAUGACGUUCUGGACAUCUACGUUCUCGUUGCUUAAGGUCCCUAAUAUGGCCUAAGGGCCCCGUUACACUUGCCAGUUUUCUUGCAAUCUGUUUCACAAUUUCGUUGCGCCAUUGCGAGACAAGUUGCACAAAGAGGAUCCUGGUAAAAUCCACUGAAGUGCACGUAUCUCCUAAACUGUCUAUUUCAGUUGGCACUGCGAAUAAACUUUUUUGUACAUCGUGUAACUCAUAGCUACGGGAAAAAUAUUGCGAAACAUGUUCAUUUCAAGGGGUGUAACUCUGGGCAGUUUUUCUAGCAAAUUUUCUGAUAACAAAAUUAUAAGAUAACAGGGCCUUAAGGAAUAAUUGGGUCUGACUCUCUACAUCUACCAUACCAAGUCGUCCUUCGUAUUUCUUGUUUUACAGGUAUGCCUAGCAUGGGAGGACUAGGAAAUGCUGGCGGGGCAGGAGCUAUGUUUACGGGAGCUCAGGAAAUGGAAGGCCAGAUGGGAGGGGGUAUGGGUGGACCGAUGGCUAAUGUCAUUCAAGGUGCUCUUGGUGGUGGUGUGCCGGGUAUGGCACAAAAGCGAACGAAGAUGGGGAAAGUGCACAAGUUGUUGAGUAAACUUAGCAAGAGAAAGGAAAUCAAGAAGCAUCAGCAUAAGAACUGAAAGAGAAUAACGCCUGAAAAUGCCGGGAGAGGAGACCUUGUAGGAAUGGAAAGAACCGCUGAAAGAAUCUGAUCCAAAUCUCGAUGGACAGCAACAUUACAUUUAAAAGUUGUCAGCUUUAGUAAAGCUGAUGAAAUUUAUGCGUGAU